AUGGCAGCACAGGUAUCCCCAGCGUCGAUGCAGCCUUCAGAGCUGGACACGCUCACUCUGGAUCAUAUCUUGUCCGACCUCGACAGUCUGUCUCCGAAUGCUUCCCUACUGAGACUUGCAAGCGCAACUGCGCCCUCUACAACGCAAGCCACCAGCUCUGGAAACAGCAAAGACCUCCUCACCUCGUUCGAGGCAGACACAUUCACAUCCUCAAACACAACCAGCUCCUCAGCACAGAAACGGAAAGAGUACGUGGCUCUGUCGCACGAGCUUCUGGCCAGCUUCCAGAACGCCCAACGACUCAACACCGAGCAAGUUUCCGCCGAACAAGUGGGCCUGUUGCUUCCGUCGGAACGAAACCGAGUUGGGCCAUCUUCAGCAUCUUCAGGCAAGGCCAGCGACUCUCAAGGUAGGGACGCAACUGGGCGAGCGAAAGCGACGGGCACAAGAACCGACUUGCUUCAUGCCAAAGUGGCUCAUCUUCAAACACAAGUUGAUGCUUGGGAUGCUGUGCUCGAACAUGCAGUCAAGCUAGCGGAUGACACGACAGGUAGACGCACAGGAAGCUCUCACGCUGCCGAACCUCAUGAGAGCGUAGAAUCAGAAGCAUACGAGGCUGUUCGACCGCCUGCUCCAGCACAGACCAAUCACGUCGACAUCGAUCCAUCGGAAGAUCCGAUCCCGGGAGCGCCAGAUGCCUCACAUCCGACAACAAAAGCUGGUGCAGGUCAAGAUAUUAAGGAACCUGUACGGAGAAGCACGUCGACAACAGCCGUAGAAGCGGAGCCUGUGGAUCAAGACUUCCAAGACGACGAUCCAUGGAGCGAAUUGGCCUGA